AAAAUAAUACAGACUCAUGUGAUAAAAAUCUACAAUAUUUCUAUACUUUGAACUUUUGAUUAUAAGUUUACUGAAUUAAAGUGAGAUCUAACAACUACUAUGACUGCAGUAUUGGGAAAUUAUUUUCAAGGACUGCUAUCAAAUAUUGAUGGUGGAUUAGCUUUCUUUGUUACAGAUCGCAAUGGUGUUCCAAUUGUAAAAAUAACAAAUUCAAAGUGUCCUGAAUCAGCCACUAGAGCAAGUUUUCUUUCCACUUUUGCUGCUGCCACUGAUCAGGCUAGCAAGCUUGGGUUAUCUAAAAAUAAGAGAAUGAUUUGUAUGUAUUCAUCAUACCAAGUAGUUAUGUUUAAUUAUUUGCCAAUCGUGGUAACAGUGAUUGCUGAUUCAUCUGCUAACACAGGAAUGAUUCUUGAAAUGGAAACCGAAUUUUCAGAUGUCAUCGAAAAGAUGAAGUCAACGAUCCUUGUAAAAAACUAAAUAAAUAAAAUUUUUAAUAUAAACA